GAAGCUGAAAAUUGGUGGAUGGUAGAUCUAGUAAAACCCUCCUUGAUUUAUGGUGUGAAAAUUUACAAUCGAGAAGAUUGCUGCAAGGAACGAUUGGAUGGCGCAACCAUUCAUGUCGGAGAUGACCCUAAGGGUAUGCUGACUAAUGCCCAAUGUGGGGGAAAAAUAACCGAUGCAGAAAUCAACGACUCGGCCGAGAUAUUUCUAGAGUGCAUUCCACCACUUAAAGGACAAUACGUCAGUGUCACGCUGCAGAACAACUAUCUGACGCUCUGUGAGGUUGAGGUGCUUGGACUAGGUAGGCCUAUGGAUUAUAAUUAUUAUGUCAUUGUGAAUUAAUUGUUUGAAUGAUAU